AUGUUUCUCGAAUAUGAAAAUGCCUCAGCCACCAAGGUUCGGGAAGAGGCCCUGGAAAAGGUGUGCUCUGCUGCCACGGUCAACAUGUCGCCUGAGUUAUUCGAGAAAUUAUAUCUACAACCGCUGGCAAAUGUACAUGGAGAUCUACGCAAAGCAUUCGGCAAUCCAACUCCCCUGUAA